AUGACGGAAAUCAGUGAAGGACUUCUUCGAUACAAAUUACCCUCCGAGUUUCGUCCAGGCACUGAUACGAUCAGUAAGCUCAUCCUACAAGAUCAAUCGAUCUUAAAUCUUGUCAUAAAAUCUGUCGUUGGUGCUCCCGACAACGCAUACGUCACUUCGUCUACAGCAUUCAGUGAUGGCGCAGUUUGUGAUGUAUGA